UUUGGAACCCGGGGCUGGAUCUCUUCCUCGGGGUUGCCUCGUGCAGUGAUCCAGAACGGCGCUCAACCCAGGAAGAGGCAGCGUGGGUAGAACCAUGCGUCCUGCAUUCGCCUGGGAUGGACGGUAGAGAGAUGGAUUUUUAUGAGGACUACGAGUCUCCAUUUGAUUUUAAUACAGGAGUAAACAAAAACUAUCUCUACUUGUCUCCCAGUGGAAAUACGUCCCCACCAGGAUCACCUACUCUUCAGAAGUUUGGUCUGCUGAGAACGGACCCAGUACCUGAGGAGGGAGAAGAUGUUGCCGCCACGAUGGGUGCUACCGAGACUCUGACAGAGGAGGAGCGAGAGGAGCUGAGACGAGAACUUGCAAAGGUGGAAGAAGAAAUCCAGACUCUGUCUCAAGUGUUAGCAGCAAAAGAGAAGCACCUAGCGGAGAUCAAGCGGAAACUUGGGAUCAAUUCACUACAGGAACUAAAACAGAACAUUGCCAAAGGGUGGCAAGAUGUGACAGCUACAUCUGCGUACAAGAAGACCUCUGAAACCUUAUCUCAGGCUGGACAGAAGGCUUCAGCUGCUUUUUCGUCUGUUGGCUCUGUCAUCACCAAAAAGCUGGAAGAUGUGAAAAACUCUCCAACUUUCAAAUCAUUUGAAGAAAAGGUCGAAAACUUAAAGUCUAAAGUCGGGGGAAACAAGCCUGCUGGUGGUGAUUUCGGAGAAGUCUUGAAUUCGACUGCAAGCGCUAGUGCCACCACCACGGAGCCUCUUCCAGAGCAGACACAGGAGAGCCUGUGAGCCUCCCACCUUUGUUCUGCUACUCACUGCCAGAUGCUGCAAGCGAGAUCCAAGCACAUCUUGUCAACAUUCAUUGCCAUGAACUUCCACCAGAUGUGCUUUUGUUGAGCUUUACAUAUUCCUUUGACCAAAUAGCUUGUGGGUUGAACAAUGUAAAAGCAUCUUCACUCCUAUUCCUGGGAAAUACCCUUUAAUGUGCAUUUCAGGCCCUUUAUUUAGGAAAUAUCACGAUGAAAACACAUCUAGUACCUGGGGAUCCUCACUAGAAUGAUCUGAGAAGCUGUGGGUUAUCAUAAUUACUUACACAAUUGCUCUGGGUGUGGGCUACCAGUUUGAUCUUUGUCUUCUAUACAGGUUUCUGUUUUUCCUCUUUGAAUCUAUAUAUUUGAUUCCUAGAUUAGACUGUUCUUUAAAAUGAUCUGCAUCCUGGUUAUUAAAAAAGUUUUGGCGAAAUGUUCUUUACCUCCGAGGGAAGAACUAUCAGCUACACAGAAUAUUUUUGAAUAUCGUUUGGGGAUAAAGUAUCUUAUAUCUUGGGUGCCUGAAGACACCAGACUAAAGAAAUCCGCUCUGUAUUCAGUUUCUUAUAGUUUUGUAAGUGACAUUAUGUAUAGUAAUUCCAAAUCCUAGGUGACCUGAGAGUGGAGCCCUUUGUUUAUCACCAUCUGUGACAGUAACCAUUUGAGUGCCAUGGUUAUUAUGCCACUUACAGCUACUUACUUUUCACCAGAUUAAAAUUUUAGUUUUGGAGGAAAUUAUAAGGUAACAUUCUAAAUCAAGCAUAUUGUAUUAACAAUAGGUUGAAAUUUGAACACUGUCCUCAAACAUUUAGUUCCAAAGCCUGAAAGUUUUUUUUAGAUCUAGGCAGCUGAAAAGUGCUAAAAUCAAUCACAUUAGGGGAAACGCUGUCUUCAUUUAAUUCACUUAGCAGCAUUUAAAAUAAGCACACCAAGUUAUAUGACUAAUAUAACUUGAAAAAAUUUUAUACUAAGGGGUUGGUGAUAACUCCUGAGGAUUUCAUGCAUUAAUAAAAAUUAACUCAUCAUUUUCUACUUACUUGUUUUCAGUUUGUUAGAAAUUACAAAAUGAUACUGUAGGCAUAGCCCCCUGUUUUGAAAAGUGUCAGGGCUGAAUGAACCAAAGCCUCUGGAAGUAUCUGCAUGGAGGCCAAGGUACUCUCAUUAACUCUAGCAGUUACUUACUCAUCACCACUAUCUUUUCCUUAUGCUGUAUAUGGUUAUGGCCUACAAUGUUGUAUUUGUUAUUUAUCAAGUUGUGAUUGUUUUAUUAUUGUUUAUGCCAAAUGUUAAUUGCCAAGUUUGGAGUGACCUAAAACAUUUUUUAAAAGCAUGACUAGAUUUACUUGGGGAUAAAUUAUCUUAUGAAAACCAAAUCUGAAAAGCUACAAGUGUUGAUUGUUAUGAAGUACCAUGCUGCCCUUCUUGAUUGCUGGAGCUUUUGUGAGCACUUCAGAUGCAAUUGAAACUAUGCUCUAUUACAUGUGAAAAGCUUAAUAAAUUCUGUGUAUCAGUA